AUGUCUGCGCCCCCAUCUCCCCGAAUCGGACAUUCACCUAAACGUAAUUCCUCAACCAAGAAAAGAGAUCGACCUGAGGCCCUCGAAAUUCCGGGCGAGGAUAGGAAGGCUGUAUCAGACGGCGAAAUCCGUUAUGAACGCGAAUAUCUUGUUCCUGAGGACAAGAAUACAGAAGAGGUAAUAUAUAAUUCUGCUUUCAGUGAAGGCACUUCGUUGAUCGUGGCACAGCGCCAGCAAUUCACCUUGAAUGUCACCAUACCCGACGGUACACCGAUGGAACGAGAACAAACCCUUUCACGCCCCACGUCUUCAACUUCCUCACUUGAUCCAUACUAUUUUGGAAUUCAGUCAGAAUCCGAAUCACCUUCAGCACCCCUACCGUCAGCCAACACGUAUCUUACUGCCACUACGCCCGAUCAUCAGCGACCUAUUGAGCCUACCACUCCAGCGCGCAAUCCAGCUGCAAUCGAUAGACGUGGCCUCGUUGGUGUUGGAGAAUUAGCUACCCCUCGCUGGGCUCGAGAGGGAAGCACUGAUCGUGAUGAUACUGUUCUGGAUGCUGAAGCUGAAGGGUAUGAUGUCGUGCCGAACGAUGGCGAGGAAGAGGAUCACCCGGAUAGUCCUUGGACCAUUGAAGCCAUUGAUGGCGAAAGCUCAGAAAGAGAGGAGGUUUCCAAUUUGCAACCACAUUUGCAACCACCACCGCGGACACUUCGCACACGACCUUCCAUUGCAGAUGAGAGUGGAGGAGAAGAAAUUUUAUAUCCACGCAACAUCCAUUCGAGUGUACAGGCAAAGGAAGACAUAGGCUCGACUCUUGCUGACGAUACACCUAAAUUCUCUCAUCCUCCUGAGUAUUCCUCUCCUGAUGUCAAUACGGUGGGAUUGUCGCCACCCAGCGCCUUUAAUCCAAGCGCACGGAAAACCAGGAAGCGGACAUCGGGGGAAUUUGAAUUGGAUCAAACCGGCACAUUGACUACCAAGUCACCUAUAUCAAGCUCGUCAACCAGAGAUAAGCCUAAGGAUGACAGAUCGGCUCGAAAGCAUCGUAGCCUUAAUAUCUCCACAGUCUCGCCUAGAGAAUCCAAAACCAAAGAACGACGCAGAGAUAGCAGCGGUUUAACAAUAACCAGCAGCAUCAAGACUGCGCCGUUACCAGGGAAAACACCAGAACGACAUAUCAGGCAAAGUUCUGCGAGCUCAACUACUUCCAAUGCUCCCGAAAGCCAUCAUUCGCGACGCGUCCACACUACUGACUUUUCUCAUCUUCCUCCAUCUCCCUCCUCUUCGUCAAUUCAACAAUUCCUACGCACGACAGCAGGGGCUACCGCAUCGCAGCCCUCAUCUUUGCAUCGUUCUUCAAAGGACAAUCUUCAGGCGCAUUCAUCUCCUAACGUAGCACAUGCACUUCUUCGUGGUAAUCAUGAAGGUUGGAAUCUGGAUGAUGAGGCAACUGCGGAAGCUUUUCGUAAAUUGGAUGGCAUGGUUGGGAAGGGUGCUCGUGCUCGUGCCAGUGUUGGUAGCUUCGGGAGGCCCUCCAGUUCGAGUCGUCCAGGAACCCCCGCCAGUAAAUCCGGCAGUCAAUGGGAAGGUAUCAGCACAUCCGAUUCUGGAAAGUCUAAGCGUGGCAGUGGUAACGUCAAGGAUGGUGCAUCAUCAAAAGACAAAGGUGAAUUCAGCUUGCAGGACCUUGUGGAGCCGUCUGUUGCGGCGGUUAGCAGCGACGAACAACCUCAGAGUCAACCACCUCUUGAUAAAACACCCAAAAAAGCUAAUGCCAGCGCAAGGUUGAGCUUUACACCAAAACGCGGUUCUACUUCCUCCACUACGUAUGCGAGUACCCCAAGUUCGCGGGAUUCGGCGUCCAUGUCGGCAGCCACCAGUGUUACUUCUGUAUCAGCCGCUUCAGGACGUCAUUCUUCCAAUAAAGGCCGAAGAAAUAGUGCAAGCAGCGAUGUUUCAAGUAUUCACUCAACUGACGCUUCACAUUCAGCUCUCAAUGGGGAUUCAACUGAAGUAAAGGUCGUUCCUCCUGUUCCUCCUCUUCCCAAAGAUUUGUCGACCUAUCGUUCUCCUCCAUCCACAUCUUCGGGCCUCACUUUCCCAGUCUUACCUACAGAUGAUAAAAUCUACACAAGCGAGAUUCAGUUACAACCACAUCGAAACGCAUCCCUUGAAGCUCCCCCAUCUUAUACCAGUCCCGUCGUUUCUCCUGCUGCAUCCUCGUCUACCCGGCGAGAAAGCCAGCACUAUUCUUCGACUAACGAAAGUUCUCCUGCUGUUCCCAAGACUCCUUCAAAGAAAUGGAGCUUCAGUGCUCUUAAUCUCAAGCUCUCUGGUUCUCCGUCAAACCAAAAGACCUCGUCUUUCCCACUGAGUCCUCGCUCGGUUACAUUCGGACAGCAAGGUCGCAAAUCUUUAUCAAAGGAACAGCCAACCUCUUCGUCGUCUGCAAGUGCACCUUGGUCUCCGAAUCACCCCGAUGCUAUGACGUCUGCAGGUUCACUGACGUCUCUUUCAUCUGUCGGAUCUGUGAGAACACCUGCUCAGAUGCCUUCCCUUUCCAAGACUCCCGACCGCGCGCCUCAGACCAGUCGUCCAGGUACUGGAUCAAGUACGCAUACUACUUCAGGUCUUACUGCUCCUCCACCUGGUCCUCUUAGUCCAUCCUCUUCCAUCCGCCGUGGUCAAAACAAGCGUUUGACUCCAUCUUCUAUACCAUUUUUCCGACGAUCCUCAUCUCAAUCUAUGCAAGUUCCUCCUCCAACUGGGCCGAAUCCAUCGUCUUCCCCUCCCGUUCCUGGCCUGUUGUCCGCAAAUCAGUCCUACAUGAAGCAGAGUACCUCUCCUUCUCAGGAUUACAGUUCUAUUUCUACCUCGACGCCAGGCGCUGCUCAUAAGAAAUCCUCUAUGCUUAGUUUGGGUCUGCCUUCACUGUUAAAGUCGAGUUCUCGUAGAAGCUUGCAUUCAGAUGCCAAGGAUGCUGCCAAGGAACAACAAAGAGUAAAGGAUGCUGCUCGUGAAUCGGAGAAGGAAAGAAUUAAGCUUGAAAAGGAACGUCAAAAAAAGGAAGACAAAGAUAGAAGUGAAAGUAGGAUAUCAGUCAUUAUGAAUAGGAAAAGGGGCAAGACUCUAUCUUCAGCUGAUCCAAGGAAGCCCAAAUCACCAGUCAAUCUACCUCCGAUGCAAAUCGCUGCUUUGGAGCCUGUCACCGCGCAAAGAGUUGCGAAGCUCAAGUCCAAUGCCAUUCCUGUCUCUUCUACCUCCAGUCGAACCUCUACCUCUUCUUCAUCUUCCCGAUUAACAAAUCAAACUGUCAGUUCCAUGCAAAAGCAGUCGGACACUUCUCUUCGCAGUCGCAAUCAGUUACCGACCAUUGCUGGCUCUCCGUCAGUAGGAACGACAGGAACCAGCAGUUCUCAAACGCUGAAGGAGGGUCGAGAGCCUCCAUCGACUUUAAUGAAUUCUACAUCUGGCCUCCCCAAAGAAACACCCACCAAGAUCCCUCGCAUUUCUAGUCGGACAUCCGCAGUGGCCUCCCCGCCUUUGAAGAAUUCUACUUCCACUCCGGCGGCCAGGAGGGCAAGCAAUCUUGCUGUCGCAUCCUCGAACAACGCUUCUCCUGUCAGUUUGUCAACGAAUGAAUUUGGUGUUAUCGAGAAUGAGGAUGGGGCAACACCCAAAGUGCGGCAGAGCACUGUGCGUGCUUCUCCAUCUGCUUCCAACGCCUCGAUAUCUCGCGUUCCUCGUCAGUCCACUAUCAGUGGUUCAAUCAAUGCACCGCAGUCAUCUGCUACCACGCCGCGCAAGCCUAAUAGAGACUCGAUGUCUUUCAUUGGACUUCGCAAAUCUUCGACGAAUUCAGUCGCCUCGCUUUCUGGAACAGGUAAUGGACUAAAGCUGUUGGCACCCAAAAGUUCCACCAGGGCAUCAACAUCAGGGCUUAAUCAAAGCAUUCAUCAGCCGUCGGCCUCGCCUUCUUCGUCUCGGCAAUCUCUUUCAACCCCAUCUCCAGCUCCCAGUUCGCCAGAUGAAGAGGAACUUAUUGGCGACGAAGAAAUGCUACACUACAUAAAGCGACAACAUGCUAAAAAGUUGGCAGCGGGUGCUAGUCAGGAAGAACUGGACGAAAUGCUUAAAUUCCCUGAACCAGUUCCUCCUGGUACUCCAUCUUCACCAGCCAGUAUUCUGAAAAGUUCGCAGGCACAAUCUCUUUCAGAAUUUGAGCGGAAGGAAAUUUUGGAUUACCCCUCGGUCUAUUGCAUUGGCGCUAAUAGCAGGAAGAAGCUGGCGGUUCUGGACAACCCCACCAAUAAUUAUGGCUACGACGAUGAACGAGGAGAUUACCUCGUUGUAAAUCAUGACCAUCUUGCAUACCGUUACGAAAUUAUAGAUACCCUCGGAAAAGGUUCCUUUGGUCAGGUUUUGCAUUGCAGGGACCACUGCACGGGUGAAUCAAUGGCUGUCAAGAUCAUUCGGAACAAAAAACGAUUCCAUCAUCAAGCAUUGGUUGAGAUUAAGAUUCUUGACAACCUUCGCAAAUGGGAUGCGGACGAGAAACAUCAUGUCAUCAAGAUGACGGAACAUUUUUACUUCCGAAAUCACCUGUGCAUUGCCAUGGAAUUGCUUAGUAUCAAUUUGUAUGAGUUGAUCAAGGCAAAUGGCUUCGUAGGGUUCACUACUGCUCUUAUCCGUCGAUUCACAAGUCAGAUGUUACUUUCUCUAUCUUUAAUGCGACAUCAUCGCAUUGUUCAUUGCGAUCUUAAACCAGAGAACGUCCUCCUUCGUCAUCCAGCCAAGAGUGGGAUCAAAGUGAUUGAUUUUGGGAGUAGUUGUUUCGAGCAUGAAAAAAUAUAUACAUACAUCCAAAGUCGCUUCUAUCGCUCACCUGAAGUCAUCCUUGGAAUGAAUUAUCAUAUGGCCAUCGAUAUGUGGAGUUUGGGAUGCAUACUAGCUGAGCUCUAUACGGGAUUUCCUAUAUUCCCCGGGGAGAACGAGCAGGAGCAAUUGGCAUGCAUCAUGGAAGUGCUCGGGGUUCCAGAUAAGGAAUUUAUUAACCGUAGUUCACGCCGGAAACUUUUUUUCGAUACCAAUGGAGCCCCUCGAAUUGUCCAAAAUUCAAAAGGUCGGAAGCGUAAGCCAGGAACGAAAACAUUGGCAUCAGUUUUAAGGUGCAAUGACGAAGAAUUCGUUGAUUUUGUUGCCAAAUGCCUCAUUUGGGACCCGGAGAGGCGAAUGAAACCUCAGACUGCUAUGCGCCACCCCUUCAUUCUAGCAGGACGGAAACCAAAACCUGUAACGACUACAACCAGACCUUCUGCGUCUUCCUCUAAUUUAAGUACCCGGGGAAAAUCCACAGUUACGGAAACCCCAAAGAAGUCUCUCAUCAGUGCCCCAACCCCUCUUACCGCUCGAACAACCAGAACAACCACUACUAAUGGCGGACCAACAACUCCAAUCCAGCUCGACAAACAAGUAACAGCAUGA